CGUCCGACUCUGUCUACUUCUACACCUUCCGUCUCAGACUUGAAUGCAUAGAAAGCGUACAGGUUACCCCAAUGAGGUCUUUUACUACUAUCGCAAACACCAACGUCACCCUUUACUUUCUCACCUCGCCUAAACUCAACAUCCUCCACAACGUCACCCUUUAUACGAACAUACACCGUAAUGAAGCUACUACCAAUGAUUCUCGUUCGCGAAUUUGAAGGUUUAGACACCAGCUACCGCAUCUCCACACGCCGAGCUCGCAACUACUGGGAAUUACUUGAGAGCAUCCAUAACACCUUCAGCAAGCCAUGGGAACGCUACAACGCACACCUGUACUUCGACAACCACACCUGCGAAGGACAGGUCAGCCCCAGCGAGUGGGAUGCGGGAGGCUAUUUUGAGAAAGAGUUCUUGGCCGAGGGUAUACUGCUAUUAUAUGCACACUUUGAACAAGUGGACAGGCGGAUGAUGGAAGGCGCUGGUGCAGUGUAUCCCUACAAAGCCAACAAGGAGGACGAUGGAGCAUGGCAUUGGGGAUUUUACGGCACAGAAGGUUGUCAUGCUAGAGGGGACACAAAGAAGGAGGAUGUGGACGAAAGCUACAGCGUGUGGGAAGAGGACCCGUAUCCACCAUUUCCAGUGGUGCUUUCACCCGAUGCUCCUCUCAGCGUUAACUCGGAGAGCAAGACCGCCACCGUCAGCACUGCCACCACGUUUACGCCCGCAGCUGCUACUGCAGAUGGCUUUGGCGCGGGCGCUCACUCCGACUCCCGCGAAGUCAUAACCAUAGACGACUCCAGCAGCAGCCGACAUAUCGAGACUGGAAUCAUCAUUGGCCGGGCUCAUCCGCGCUCCUGCCGCGACCCAUAUCUGAGGCCAGUCGCCCGGGCGAUACUAACAAACGCCGGGGCGGUAGUUGCAUACGUUCCAAGCAAAUACGCAAAGUGUGCAAAGACAAAAGGAGACGUUCUGAUUUCAAUGAAAUCGAUUGAAUACACGAGGGAACUCAAAAUGAUAGCUAGCGACGAAAUAAGACUAAAGGCCAUCCGACUCAGACUUCAGGAAAAGAAUAGGAUGACACAGCAGAUAGCCACGUCCGUUGCCAGCCAAACCAACCUCAAUCCUGACCACAAUAGCAAACUGCUCAACGACACGCAACUCUCCCACAAAUGCAAAGAAGAGAGCAUCAUCAUCGGUCACGCCAAAGCAGCUGAUCCCGGGGACCCGCUCGUCAUCCGUGCCAUGUUGACUACUAUCGGAUCCCUCAUUGCUUUUGUGUCAGGAGAGGAUUCCUUUAAGCCUUGUGCUAAGGGGAGGGCGCAGAUUCAUUUGAGUAGCGUGUACUAUCUGGAAGAGUUUGCGGCGAUUCCUGUGCACAAGCGGUCCAAGGUCAUCAAGGAUAGGAUUCUGGAGAAAGUUAGACUGGGGAAGGAGGAGCAGGCGGAUGUGAAGGCGAAGUGAGGUGGGGUAUAAAGAUGCAGAGAAAUAAGAGGGCGGUAUAUUGAAAAUCUCAGAGUGUGAGAACCACGAGGUCGGCGUGAAAAAUCUCUAUUGGUUUGGGUAUGGUCAGCCAUCUUCCUUUCACUCCUGCGCUUCGCAUCGGGCCCUAUCAAGUGACAUCCCGCACAAGCCGCGCGCGCGCUCUUAUUUCUGCUCGCGCUC